AUGACAGGAUUUUUAAAAGUUAAAGACACAAAAAUUGUAGAUGAUGAAGGCAAUUCCAUUGUAUUGAAGGGCGUUGCAACAGGUGGACACCUUAAUAUGGAAAAUUUUAUCACUGGCUACCCGGGACAUGAGACAGAACAUAAGAAAACUCUUGAGUCCAAAAUUGGAAAAGAGAAAUUCGACUUCUUUUUUGAAAAAUUCUAUGAAUACUUUUGGACUGAAGAGGAUGCAAUAUUCGUGAAGCAGCAAAAUUUGAACUGUAUCAGAAUUCCCUUCAAUUAUCGUCACUUUCUUGACGAUGAUGGAGACUUGUUUAAUGUGAAUCCGAUUGGUUUCAAAAGGCUAGACAGAAUUGUGGAAACUUGUGCGAAACAUGGCAUAUAUACGAUUCUAGACUUGCACUCAACACCAGGUGGACAAAAUCAAGAUUGGCACUGUGAUUCUGGUAUCCACAAAUCUUUAUUCUGGGAUUUCAAAGUUUUCCAAGAUGCAAUUGUCAAUCUUUGGGUUCAAAUAGCAAAAUAUUAUAGGGAAAAUACGUUUGUUGCUGGAUACAACCCUCUAAAUGAACCUGCUGUUUCGAAAGGCUCCAAGUUGGUAUCAUUCUAUAUUAGGCUAGAAAAAGAGGUCAGAAAAGUAGAUCCAAAUCACAUUUUAUUCUUAGAUGGAAAUACUUAUGCUAUGGAUUUCAGAGAAUUUCCAGGAAAAGUAUUACCUAACUCAGUCUAUUCAAUCCAUGAUUAUUCUGUUUUCGGCUUUCCUUCACAUGACAACUCUCUUUACAGUGGUACUGAGAAGCAAAAGUGUAAGUUACAACAACAAUAUAAUCGGAAAAUUGAGUACAUGAAAAAGUACUCUGUUCCUGUUUGGAAUGGGGAAUUUGGACCUGUUUAUGCUUCCACUUUCAGAGGUGACUCCAACGUCGAUCAAAUCAAUGCUUCGAGAUAUAAGUUACUAGAAGAUCAGCUAGAAAUUUACAAGAAGGGUGACCCAUCCGGAGACAAUACCGCAAUUAACUGGUCAAUUUGGGUAUAUAAGGAUAUUGGAUUUCAAGGGUUGACUUACGUGUCAACCAAAUCCAAAUGGUUUGAAGUUUUUGGAGAGUUUUUCUUGAAAAAGAAAAGGUUGGGAUUAGAUAGAUGGGGAAAUGAUAUCGACCCCAAAUAUGCUGCUCUAUAUGAUAAUUUGGUGUCGCACUUCAUUGAGAAUGUACCUGAAGAUUUUCAAAAGGCACUAUACCCUCAUAAUUGGUCUAUUAAAGAUUAUGUCGCUCGAGUUACUAGAGAUAUGCUUCUCAGCCAAUAUGCGCAACAUGAGUAUGCUUCUUUGUUUGAAGACUUAGACUUCAAAGACCUUGAUGAAUUGGCAGCCUCUUUCAAGUUUGAAAACUUAGAAAAGCGUGCAGAGUUAAAUCAAAUUUUGAAGAAAUUCUGA